AUGGAUAUAGUUAAAUGCUACAAGGAGCGGUCUUCUUCAAGUUUGGCGGGCGCCCUCGCCUCUAAAAUUCAUGCAAUCAACCACAUCCUUUUCAACGGCAGCUCAAACCCUGCCAUCAUCUUCCAAACAUCCUUCGAAACAUUGGAAUCAGGCGAGGACACCCGCAAAACCUUCACCGAUCAUCUUUACUCUGCCUUAAUUAAAGCUGGAAUUCACACUUUUCGAGACGAAGACGCGCUUCAUAAAGGAGAAAACAUAUCUACUGAACUUUUAAAUGCGAUUCGUGGAUCAAGUAUUUCGAUUGCGGUCUUCUCCAAAAGCUAUGCUUCUUCUCGAUGGUGUCUCGAUGAGCUUGUUGAGAUCUUGCGCUGUACGAAAACCAGGGGCCACUCUGUUUUACCUGUAUUCUAUCGUGUUGACCCCUCAGAUGUUAGAAAUCAAAUCGGGACUUUUACAGAAGCAUUUGCAAGGCAUGAAAAGCGGUUUUCGACAGAUAUGGAGAGAAUACAUAGGUGGAGAGCAGCUCUUACUGAGGCUGCCAACUAUGCCGGCUGGAAUCUCGACAGCUUCGCAAAUGGGUAUGAGGCAAAGUUUGUCGAGAAAAUUGUUGAAGAAGUUCUGAGCAAACUGAAUGUUGCACAUUUCCACGUUGCCAAACACCCAGUGGGGAUCGUUUCUCGUGUUGAAAAGAUGAAAGCUUUAUUAAAUCUUGGAACAAGUGAUCUCAUUCGAGUUGUGGGCAUAUAUGGAAUGGGGGGAAUCGGUAAAACAACAGUUGCAAAAGCUGUCUAUAAUCAAAUAUAUGAGGAAUUCGAGGGAAGUAGUUUUCUUUCAAACAUUAAAGAAUCCUCCGGGAAGUACAAUGGUUUAGUCGGUUUACAAAAACAACUUCUUCGUGAUAUCUUGAAAUAUCGGAAGGAUUUGGAGUUUGGCAAUGUUGAUAGAGGAUUCAAUUUGAUUAAGGAAAGACUUCAUGGAAAAAAGGUUCUUAUCGUACUUGAUGAUGUGAAUCAGUUGGAACAAAUACAUACAUUCGUUGGGAAUUGUGAAUGGUUUGGUUCUGGAACUAGAGUCAUUGUAACGACCAGAGAUGAGCAUUUGCUAGAAAAAUCAACAGCGCAUGAAAAGUAUAAAGUUGAAGAAUUGACUCAUUCAGACUCUCUUGAACUUCUUAGUUGGCAUGCCUUCAACAUGCCUCAUCCGAAAGAAAAUUAUGAUGAACUUUCCAUUAGUAUAGCAAAUUAUGCUGGAGGACUUCCAUUAGCCCUUGAAGUAUUGGGAGCUCAUCUAUUUAAUAGAAGUAUUAUUCAAUGGAGAAGCACAUUGGAGAAAUUAGAAAAAAUUCCUCACAGCGAGAUACAGCAAAAACUCAAAAUAAGCUUUGAUUCCCUGGGCGAUGAUAGGAUCAAGGAUAUAUUUCUUGAUAUCGCAUGUUUCUUUAUUGGUAUGGACAAAGAAUAUGCCACCAAAAUAUUCCAUGGGUGUGGCUUUUUUCCAGAUAUUGACCUCAACAUCCUCAUCGAGAGGUCCCUUGUGACGGUUGAUUUCAUAAAUAAGCUUAGAAUGCAUGAUUUGAUUCGAGAUAUGGGAAGGGAGAUUAUUCGUGAAACGUCACCCAAGAAUCCUGGAAGACAUAGUAGGCUAUGGUUUCACGAGGAUGUGCUAAGCGUACUAAAAAAGCAGUUGGGAUCGGAUGCAGUGGAGGGUCUCGUCCUAAAUUUACCAAAACUUGAAGAUGUAUGUUUCAAAACUGAAGCAUUUGCAAAUAUGAAGAAUUUGAGGUUGCUGCAGAUCAAUAAUCUACAUCUCACAGGAUGCUUUGAGCAUCUUUCCAAGGAGCUGAGAUGGCUUAGUUGGCACAAGUGCCCCCUGAAAUUUCUGCCGCCAAACUUUGAUCUAGCGAACCUUGUUGUACUUGACAUGCAACGUAGUAAUGUCAAACAAGUUUGGAAAGAGAACAGGGUACUCAACAAGUUGAAAGUUCUUAAUCUCAGCCAUUCUAAAAAUCUCUUCAAGUUACCAGACUUCGUAAAAGUCCCAAAUCUGGAGACACUGAUAGUUGAGGGUUGCAUAAGCUUGGUUGAGCUUGACGAGUCUGUUGGAUAUUUGAAAGGACUUGUUUUGCUGAGUUUGAAAGGAUGCAAAAGCCUAAAGAAUCUUCCGGAAGGCAUUUGUAGGUUAAAGACCCUCGAAACUCUUAACUUGCUCGGUUGUUUAAUUCUAGACAAGUUACCUGAGAAAUUAGGGAAUAUGAAGGCUUUAAAAGAACUGCAUAUAGAGAGAACUGCUAUUAAGCAAUUACCAUCGUCUUUUGGUCCUAUGAAUGCUGAAUCAUCGUCUUCAAGCAAUGGACAAUCCUCAGAAUCUGGGUUAUCAUCGUGGAUAUUACCGAAGAGCUUGAACCCCAUUAAUAUGCUCCGAGUUUUGGGAAAACUAGUUCUCAGUAACUGCAAUCUGUCUAAAGAUGAGAUUCCCUUGGAUGUUGGGAGUUUAUUUUCACUCCAAUAUUUGGAUUUAUCACAAAAUAAUUUCCGUGAACUCCCACAUUCAAUUGGUCGGCUUUCUAAAUUACAAUCUUUAUAUAUUGCUCAGUGUGGGUCUCUUAACUCAAUUUCCCAACUCCCUGCAAAUUUAGUGGUCCUAUUUGCAUAUGACUGCUCGUCAUUGGAAAGAAUCUCAAUUUUGCCAUGUUCACAAUUAGUUUCUGUUGGCCUUGGUAAUUGCUGCAAACUGGUUGAGAUUCAGGGCCUAAAUUUGGAUUCUAAUUCGAUCGUUGAUGUGGUUGGGUGCAACAAUAUAUCAUCUGAUCUUAGGAAGAGUCUUGUCCAGUGUCCGGCGGCCAACUCCACUCGGUGUAAUCGUUUUACUUUCCUACCUGGCAGCGAGAUUCCAAAUUGGUUCAGCCACCAGGGAAUUGGGUCUUCGAUAUCCUUCAGUACACCUUCACUUUUGGAGGGUAAGAUUUGCAUAUUUAUUGUCUGUGCUGUUUAUGCAUACAAAGAACCCCUUCCUUUGAUGCCUCUGGUUAACGUGAUUAUUGAUAAUAAGACAAGAGGCUACCGAGAGGCUCUUUUGCCAGCCAAAGAUUUUUUUUACCAGGAGACAAUUCAGAUAAUAUCCUUCUAUUUCGGUGGCAUGUUGUAAGAAAUCAAGUGGUGGUGCGCGGAUUUCCCGAAGAAGUACUUCUUUUGGAGAUUGGAAAUGGAGAGGAAAUGAAGGUGUCCUUUGAACUUGAAAACUUCGCUGAAGUGAAGAGGUGUGGAGUUCAUCUAGUGGUUGAAGAACCAAUAGAAACGGGUGAAUAUGGAAGUGCAGUCGAAUAUGUUGAUUCUAGUACUGGUGCAGAUGAUAAAGUCUCGGAACUUGAUGGUUGCGAUAAACAGUGAGGUCUUUGAAAGUGAUGUAUUUUAGUAUAGAUGUUGGCGUCUCUGAAGGUUUCUGCAGUCGUUGGGUGCUGUUGCAUUUCUCUGCUGCUUUUUGUUCUCUGUUAUGCUGCUGCUGUUGUGUUCCUUUCUGCUGCCAUUUGUUAUUCUCAUUUGUUGCUGUUGCUGCUCUUUGAUGCAUUGUGUUCGAUCUCUGUUGUGCUGCCCUACUACCGCACUUCUCUGCUGAGCUGUUGUGCUUGCUGCUCCUUAUUCUAGAAAUUAUGCAGGAUCCUUCAAGCUGUAUAUUGCCUGUUGCUUGGAUGCAUUUAUGUUCUGCAGCUUUGUGGUUUAUUCAGCUGCUUUGUACAUUGUAUUAAUAAAUUUGGAGGUACAGUUCCUC